AGAAUAUGAAGCCAGCGGAGCGCCAUAAUAAGAUGAGAUACAUUGAGAUAAAAUGUGGCUUCGUAAGGAUCCCACGUCUCAUCUAAAUUGCGUAAAGGCGAGCGCUUAUUAGCUGACGUUUAAUUUCGAGUGCGAAUCUGGCGUUAUUUGUCACGACCUCGCUGUUGUCUGAGAGGCUGCAACGCUCCCGGUGUCGAAGUACUGAACAAGUUUAAGCAACACAAACCAAGAUGGCAGACGCGCUCAACGAGAACGAUGGCGUGGCAAGCCGGAAGCUCGGUAUCGAUCCACAUGCUGUUGUGUUGCUGCCGCUCGACAAGAGGCACCAUUUUUGAUUAGAAGCUUGCCAAAUAAUUCUGUCCAUUUAAUUUCUUUUCUUUUGCAUCAUCACAAUCGCACAACAGGCGCGCUCCAGGAGCGAUUCCAGAGUUUCGAGCGCACGAUGGAGGAUGAGACCAGAAGGCGGCGCGAAGCGGAAGACAGCAAACUCAGCGUCAUGCGGGAGAGCAUGGCAAAGCUCGAAAAAACGUUAAAUAGCGAGAUAAAAAGAAGGGUCGAGGCGAACAAGGUAUCAAGAGGUUCACACCUGUUUGCAUCUCAAUGUCUGAAUGAAUAGAAUGCAAAUACAUGCUGUAGUCUGACGACGUGCUGUCGUGUUUGCAGCAUUGCGUUCAAUUUCUGCUGCAAUCGACUCUCCUGUAACUACCGACCCUUACAGGCACUCCAGUCCAUGUUCGAGUCCCAAAUUGCCACGGUGCAGGACAAACUCGAGGCUGUUUUUGUGGAAAAGCUCAACCAUUUGCAGCUCGCGGCGGACGAACUGUCGGACCGGAUGGCACUAGUCGAGAAAGACUUUGCCGUGGAGCGGGACAAAUACAUACGGGACCUGGAGGAGAAGAACGCGGUGGUGGCAAAAGACGUAAACUUCCUACAAGACGCCUUCGAUAACGAGAAAGUGAAACGAGCGGAUAGGGACGCGGGGCUGCAGAAAAGGUAGUACGAGAUGCGCUUCAUUGGAUCAAUCGAUCAUUUUUUGAUUUCGAUUUUGUACGUGAUGCUAGUAGAAUGGUAUUGGAGUGACAUCACAUCCAGAUGAUCCGCUGAUCGUAUCUAUCAUUUCUCACAGAAUAUCCGAGCACGAGUACCGCACAGAGACGCGGUUCGAGCAGGAGCGCGCUGCGCGGGAGCAAAAGUACCAAGCCUUGCGCGACGAGCUGCACCAGGCGAAACAGGUCCGUGCCAAGGGCGACGAAAAGUUCCAAACCUUCAUUCUGGAAGAGGUAGCGUCGCUGAAAAACGGGUUGGUGCUGGAAUCCGAGUCCCGGGAACAGGCCGAUGAUGACAUUGUGCAAGCGCUGAACCACUACACGAAAGCCCUGCAGGACGCGCUGAGGAUCGUGAAUCAACCAUAGCUGGCGAGUUUUUGUGGUUUUCCCCAUGGUCACAGCACGGAGAGCGUGUCGGGUCCGCUUUCCCCCGUCCCCGUUUGCGACGAGCAAAACACGAAGCACCUGCCCCGGGUUGAACGCGCGGGCGCGGCUCUUGGAAAAAGAAGAGAAGCCUGAUGUAAAGAUCAUGAGGCAGCUGCUGAGAAUAGACAGCGAGGAAAAAUAAUGCUUGCUGGCUGCCCUAAGAGACGAUACUGCUCCAGGGAUCGGAAAAUCCUGAAAACGUGGUAGGUAGGCGUCUGCACAGGCGAUCGCAGUGGCGGACUGCGAUGCCGGUGAGAGUCACCGAUGGUUCUUGUACUCUGGAAAAAGAGAAUCUGAAAGUGUGAGAACAAGCUCAAGCAUUUAGUGGAAGACAAAAGUGACGAGGGCGCCCUCUGCUUCAAUGGCUUUCACAU